AUGAUCACCAUACAGAAGAAUGGCGAAUCUCAGGUGCGGGAGCCAGGCUUGGAACAAAGGGGAACUGGGCCAGCAGCCAAGAUGUCGCCAGUGGGGAAGGUGUCCCAAGUACAGAACGGCAAAGUUUACCAGCAGAUCUUCCAGGCCCAGGUGCAGCUGGUUCAGUCUCUGGCAGCCACCAGGAAGCGGGCUGCAGAGCAUUCUGAGACUUCAAAGAAUGUCAAGACACCCAUGAUGAAGAAGGUGCCAUUACCUGAGGGGGAAACUAUGACCCCUCGGCAGAGGAAGUGGGUGCGUAGCCUCCCCAACGACUGGGUCACAGAAAACCCAGUUCUCUAUAGAGAAAAUGAAGAAGCCAGGAAGGAGAAGGAGCGUCUGACAGAGGACAUGAUUGCUUGCCAAGAGGUGCAGGGCCUCAUGGACAACAUAGUUCCUGAGAGAGUGAGCGACCUCCAAGCACAAGAAGAAUACAAGAAGAGGAAGUACCUGAGCGCACUGGCAAGCUUUCAAGAGGAGUUGGAGCAGAUUGGGGUGGAGAUGGAACCUCUCAUCCUGGAGAAAGGGGAUCUUCUUUUGAAAAAGAUAUCAAAGUCUGAUGAGGAUGUUGACAAGCUCUUCAAGAAAGUUGAAAUGGAACCGGACCUCGAUAGCUACACUAUUGAAACCCUGUUGGAACUGUGGGAAAAGGUGGCUCAAAGAUUCAUGCAGCAGAAGCAGGAGAUUAAGGAACUGGAUGAGGAGCUGCUGGCACUGGAAGUCUCUCGAGCUGACAAGCUAAAGGAAGUGCUGAAGAGAUAUGUCGGCAUCAUAGAGAAAACCUCCUAUAUCCUGCAGCCCGACAUAUAUAGGCUGAUAGAUAAAGAAGCCAUGGCCAUGAACCAGGCUCUCCUAGGCAACCGGAGGGCCAUUGCCCAGCUGUUGGUCAACCUGACCGAGGCCACCCUACAGCAGGAGCUUGACAACCGCCACCGCUGGCAGGGGCUGGUGGAUACCUGGAAGGCUCUCAAGAAGGAGGCCCUGAUACAGAGCUUCAGUGAGUUCAUGGCUAGCGAGGAGAUCCAGGAGCCCCCAGAAGUGAAGAAGGAGCUAGAAGAAAUGCAGAAGAACCAGGAGGUCCUUCAAAGAGUGAGGCUUGAUCAUCUCUGCACCAUCUGUGACCUCCUCCCCCCUAAUUAUAACAAAACCCAGCUGACUGAGUGGUACGAUUCUCUCACUUCCCUGAACAAGCAGCUUGACACCUACCAUAUGGACUGCAUGUCGCUGGUACACUUCCUGUAUGAGAAGAUUUGGCAGCAGUGCCUGUCCCGUGUGCAGGAAUGCAAGCAGCAGCUGCUGGACUGGAAAGCUUUCUCUGAAGCAGAGGCAGAGAGCCUAGUAAACCCGACUUUCUUCCUGAUGGUGGGGGAAUUCCAGAGCAAGGUGGAAAAGCAGCUGGAGCUCCUGGAUAGCGCCUUUGAGGCUUUGGCCAGGGAGACAGAAUUGCAGAGCUCGGACGUCUUCAGGUACUUCCAGGAGGCUGUGAGGCUGUGGGAGGGGCACCAGAGUGUUCUGAUAACACAAGAGCUGGAGCUGGAGAAGAGGAUAGAACAGAAUCGGCAGAAGCACAACCAGGAGAACCAGAACCAAGAGACUUCCCUCGAUAAGCUGCUAGACCAACUGAGACAGCAAAGCCAAGAAGAGUCGCUGAAGACACACAUGGAAAAGGCCAGGACUUUUCUGAAGAACAUGAAGUCCAGGUACGAAUGUUUUCACAUCCUGCUGACCAAGGAAGUGAUGGAGUACCCGGCACUAGUGCUGAAAGAACUCAACUGCUACAGCUUCACCCUCAGCCGACACUUCUUCAUUCGUGAAAUCUUUGAGCAGAACUUGGCUGGGGAAGUGAUUUUUAAAUUCAGGCAACCAGAAACCCACGAGACACUCUUCAUGCAGAAAAUCAGGAAACUGAAGAAAAAACAAAGGGCAAGAGUGGGGAUACACAAAGGUGAAGAAAGCAUCGGGCAAGUCACUGGUUCCGAGAAGCCAGCAGAAAGCAUGAAGGAAGAGGGAAGUGAAGGAUCAGAGCUCGGCAUGGCUGGAGAAGCACUGAGCCAGCAGAACAUGUCCCUACAGAGUGACAGGAUGGAUGGGCCCAAAGAAGAGACUUCCCAAGGAACUGAAGAAAUUCGGGGCAUGAGAGAGACCCCCUCAGAGGCAUCUCAGGACCUGGAAAAUCUAAUAGCUCAAGAAGAGAGGGAAGAGAUAGAGGAAGAGGAAGAAGAGGAGGAAGUAAAAGAGGAGAGAGAAGAGGAGGAAAUAAAAGAGGAGAGAGAAGAGGAAGAAAUAAAAGAGGAGAGAGUAGAGGAGGAAGAAGAGGAGGAGGAAAUAAGAGAGGAUGAGGAGGACGAAGAUGAAGACAUAAAUGAAGACGAUCUGGAGUACUAUCAAGAGAACUUUUUUAUGAGUCAGGAUGAAGGCAAGGAAGAGUCUAUGGAAGAGAUACCCUACGAAGAAAUGGAGUUCUUCACAACUGCAAGUGGGAACACUUACUUUGCCUUCCUGUCUGUGGAAGAUGAACAACAGAUACACAGUAGACCCCAUUCCCACCACACUGUGCUCUUCUAUGACUCUUUCAGCACCAAGUACAUAGAGCAAGUGGUUAUUCCUCAGAAACUAAUCCUACAGAUUAAGAAAGGGCUUCGAGCUGGCUUCUUUGAACAUCUUGAGAAGUGGUUUGACCAGUGUGCCCUCAAUGCUCGUAUCGUUGUGGCUUCCAAGGUUGAUGAACUGGAUUCAGAGCUGGAGCUGCGGCUGCACCUGCACAAGCCAAGACUUGAGCAAGUGGAGAAGGAUAUUCACAACGUCAGAGCAGCUGAGCUCCUGCUUCACCAAGAGAGGCUGGACAGCCACUGUGCCGGUGUGAUCGAGACACUGAAGAAGGAGAGGCUGAUGUUCUGUCAGUUCCAAGAAGAGCAAGCCUUACGGAGCAAGAACUUUCGCCGCAAGAUCUAUGACAUGGAGCACAUUUUCUUGAAUGCCACCAAAAGCCAAAAGCUGGUUAGUCUCACCAAUACACUACACCGGGAGCUGCUCAGCUACGUGGAUGUCAUCCAGGUGUCCCUGCGAAGCUUUCGGCAGUACCUGGAAGAGAGUCUUGGCAAGCUCCGCUAUACCAACAUUGACUUUGUCAAGCACUGCAGAUUGUUUUCAGAGGGUGGCAACUUUUCCCCUGAAGAAAUUGAGACGCUGUGCCACCGACUGGAGAAGGAGGCUACCCGGAUUGAGUUCGUUGAAAGUUUAAUCAUGAUCCACAUGGAAAAGAUGGAGACGGAGUACCUGGACCAGGCCAAUGAUGUCAUCAACAAAUUCGAGAGUAAAUUCCAUAACCUAUCUUCGGACCUUAUUUUCGUAGAGAAAAUCCAGCGGCUGAUGACAAAUCUUCAAGUGAAUAUCAAGUGUCAGGUGGCAAAGUCCAAUUCCCAAGCAGAAGGAUUAAAUUCUUCUCUGGAACAACUUCAACAGAAGAUACAAACAUGUCAAGGCCGCCGAGGAGAUAAGGACAUGGUGACUACAGAUGACCUCCUUGCCUUUGUCCGAUCCUGGAAAGAAAAACUGAGCCAGAGGAUUAAGUACCUCAACUGCAGCCUGGACAUGGUGUCCAUUACUCAGGAGGUCUUUACGGACACUGUCCUGACUGACACUGAGAUGGAGAGCGACAUCCAUAUGAGUGCAGAGGCCCUUGAUGAGGAAGCCAAGGUGGGCCUUGUCACCCCUGAGUCCUUUGCCCAGCCAACCCGCAUAGGGAGGCCCAUGAUUGAAGACCCUGCUGUAGACGUGGUCAGAAGGAUCCUUCAAAUUUCUCAGGCAAAAUCGACAUGCCCGUGUGACAAGGAUCGCUCCCAAACAGCCUUGAAGAGACAUCGGUACCGGGGAGAGAAGGCCUUAAAGAAGGCCUUGGCCAGUUCCAGUGUUACCUCAGCAGGGAGCAUGAGACGACACCCCAAGUACAUCAGAGCCGACAAAAAGUACCAGGUGCUCGGGGAGAAGCCUUCUGCUCAGGCUGAGGAUUUUAAAGGCAUCAUCCUGAAUCUCCUGUGGGAGAGCAACGAGCACCUGAUGGUCGUAGUGGAGGAUUUUUACCGUAAAGAGAAACGCCCAGUCACCAGGCCUGAAUGCAUGUAUGAAAACUUUGACCAGUGCGCUGACCACAUCAGCAAGAAGAUCUUAGAAUAUCACCAUCAGGCGGAUGAGUACCACAACUCCUGCCUUCUGGAAUUGCGUGCCCAGGUGAGGAGGUUUGAGGAGCUGCUGCCCCAGGUGUGUUGGCUGGUGACGGAGAACUACAAGGAACAGCACUGGAGCAAGUUUUGCGUAUCCAUGACGGAGGUCCGGGAGGAAUUUGAGCAGCAGCAGAAGCAUCUAGAGAAGGAGAAGGAUGUAAAUGCUCAGAAACUCCAUCCAAAUCUCGGCCACCCCACAUACACCAGUCAAAUGGAGUCACUAAAACUCAUGGAGGAACUGAGGCAGAAGGAGCUGAACCAGAUGAUCCAAACGAACCAGGAGAAGAUGGAGGAAUUUGUCAAGAAGUAUGCCCGCUUCUUUAUAGCAAAUUUAGCCUCUUUCACAGAGCGGUUCCUGUUGCAGUUGGAUGAAGUGAUCACCAUUGAUGACAUCCAGGUUCCACGGACGGAGCCCCAAAAGCAGAAAGUAUCAAUCCUCAUACGGAGGAAGCUGGCCAUGCUCUCUCUGGAGGAAGAGAGUGAGAAGCCCCUGAUUGAACGUGGGAGCAGGAAGUGGCCAGGAAUCAAGCCCAACGAAAUCACCAUUCAAACCAAGAUACUAACUCGGAGGACACCAUCAAUAACCACCUCUAAGACCACCCUGGGUCACUUGGCUGCUGUAGAAGCCCGAGAUGCUGUUUACCUGAAAUAUUUGGCACUGUUUGACAAAGAACUGAAGGGUAUCCAGGAUUACUUCAAGACCCUGCUGUCGGAGUCUCAGCGCUGGAAGGAAAGCUGGAAGCGAUCUCUUAGCACCAUCCAGACCCUAUACUCGUCCCGUCCUUCUUCAUACCUCAAAUAA